AUGACGCAUAGGCUUGCCCGCUCUGUAAGUCCAUGUCCUCCCAGGCUAGAAAGAAUCGGGAAUCCCGUCUCACCUCCGCAAUUGCCCAGGGGAAGAUCCGGGAGGGGGACCCCCCCUCCGGCCUCGGCUCCCUCUGCGCCCACCGCAGCCCCUCCAACAUCUGCCCAUGCUAGUCCGGCUUUGGCCUCAGUGGCCCAUGAUCUUGGCCAGACCGUUCCGGUCCCUGCUGUGGGCUACGGCUCUUCGAAGGCUAGUGCCGCCUCCAAGCCUACCCAGAAGCCUAAGAAGUCGGAUGCGGGUACCCCUUCCACUCGAGAAGAGGCGACGACUUCUAAGCAGGCAGCCACUGGACAUAAGUCCCACGAGGCGGCUGUUGGACUCGAACCCUAA